AUGGUGAGCAGGUGUAAUGAGUAUCUACAGGUCCCUGUGAGUCAGUAUCUGCAGGUCCCUGUGAGUCAGUAUCUACAGGUCCCUGUGAGUCAGUAUCUACAGGUCCCUGUGAGUCAGUAUCUACAGGUCCCUGUGAGUCAGUAUCUACAGGUCCCUGUGAGUCAGUAUGUCCCUGUGAGUCAGUAUCUGCAGGUCCCUGUGAGUCAGUAUCUACAGGUCCCUGUGAGUCAGUAUCUACAGGUCCCUGUGAGUCAGUAUGUCCCUGUGAGUCAGUAUCUGCAGGUCCCUGUGAGUCAGUAUCUGCAGGUCCCUGUGAGUCAGUAUGUCCCUGUGAGUCAGUAUGUCCCUGUGAGUCAGUAUCUGCAGGUCCCUGUGAGUCAGUAUGUCCCUGUGAGUCAGUAUCUGCAGGUCCCUGUGAGUCAGUAUGUCCCUGUGAGUCAGUAUCUACAGGUCCCUGUGAGUCAGUAUGUCCCUGUGAGUCAGUAUCUGCAGGUCCCUGUGAGUCAGUAUCUGCAGGUCCCUGUGAGUCAGUAUCUACAGGUCCCUGUGAGUCAGUAUGUCCCUGUGAGUCAGUAUCUGCAGGUCCCUGUGAGUCAGUAUGUCCCUGUGAGUCAGUAUGUCCCUGUGAGUCAGUAUGUCCCUGUGAGUCAGUAUGUCCCUGUGAGUCAGUAUCUACAGGUCCCUGUGAGUCAGUAUGUCCCUGUGAGUCAGUAUCUACAGGUCCCUGUGAGUCAGUAUGUCCCUGUGAGUCAGUAUCUACAGGUCCCUGUGAGUCAGUAUCUGCAGGUCCCUGUGAGUCAGUAUCUAAAGGUCCCUGUGAGUCAGUAUCUGCAGGUCCCUGUGAGUCAGUAUCUACAGGUCCCUGUGAGUCAGUAUCUACAGGUCCCUGUGAGUCAGUAUCUACAGGUCCCUGUGAGUCAGUAUCUACAGGUCCCUGUGAGUCAGUAUCUACAGGUCCCUGUGAGUCAGUAUCUACAGGUCCCUGUGAGUCAGUAUCUACAGGUCCCUGUGAGUCAGUACCUACAGGUCCCUGUGAGUCAGUAUCUGCAGGUCCCUGUGAGUCAGUAUCUACAGGUCCCUGUGAGUCAGUAUCUACAGGUCCCUGUGAGUCAGUAUCUGCAGGUCCCUGUGAGUCAGUAUCUACAGGUCCCUGUGAGUCAGUAUCUACAGGUCCCUGUGAGUCAGUAUCUACAGGUCCCUGUGAGUCAGUAUCUACAGGUCCCUGUGAGUCAGUAUCUACAGGUCCCUGUGAGUCAGUAUCUGCAGGUCCCUGUGAGUCAGUAUCUGCAGGUCCCUGUGAGUCAGUAUCUACAGGUCCCUGUGAGUCAGUAUCUGCAGGUCCCUGUGAGUCAGUACCUGCAGGUCCCUGUGAGUCAGUAUCUACAGGUCCCUGUGAGUCAGUAUCUACAGGUCCCUGUGAGUCAGUACCUACAGGUCCCUGUGAGUCAGUAUCUGCAGGUCCCUGUGAGUCAGUAUCUACAGGUCCCUGUGAGUCAGUAUCUACAGGUCCCUGUGAGUCAGUAUCUGCAGGUCCCUGUGAGUCAGUAUCUACAGGUCCCUGUGAGUCAGUAUCUGCAGGUCCCUGUGAGUCAGUACCUACAGGUCCCUGUGAGUCAGUAUCUACAGGUCCCUGUGAGUCAGUAUCUACAGGUCCCUGUGAGUCAGUAUCUACAGGUCCCUGUGAGUCAGUAUCUACAGGUCCCUGUGAGUCAGUACCUGCAGGUCCCUGUGAGUCAGUAUCUACAGGUCCCUGUGAGUCAGUACCUGCAGGUCCCUGUGAGUCAGUAUCUACAGGUCCCUGUGAGUCAGUAUCUGCAGGUCCCUGUGAGUCAGUACCUACAGGUCCCUGUGAGUCAGUAUCUACAGGUCCCUGUGAGUCAGUACCUGCAGGUCCCUGUGAGUCAGUAUCUGCAGGUCCCUGUGAGUCAGUAUCUACAGGUCCCUGUGAGUCAGUAUCUGCAGGUCCCUGUGAGUCAGUAUCUACAGGUCCCUGUGAGUCAGUAUAAACAGGUCCCUGUGAGUCAGUAUCUACAGGUCCCUGUGAGUCAGUAUCUACAGGUCCCUGUGAGUCAGUAUCUACAGGUCCCUGUGAGUCAGUAUCUGCAGGUCCCUGUGAGUCAGUAUCUACAGGUCCCUGUGAGUCAGUAUCUACAGGUCCCUGUGAGUCAGUAUCUACAGGUCCCUGUGAGUCAGUACCUACAGGUCCCUGUGAGUCAGUAUCUACAGGUCCCUGUGAGUGAGUAUAAACAGGUCCCUGUGAGUCAGUAUCUACAGGUCCCUGUGAGUCAGUAUCUACAGGUCCCUGUGAGUCAGUAUCUACAGGUCCCUGUGAGUCAGUAUCUACAGGUCCCUGUGAGUCAGUAUCUACAGGUCCCUGUGAGUCAGUAUCUGCAGGUCCCUGUGAGUCAGUAUCUACAGGUCCCUGUGAGUCAGUAUCUACAGGUCCCUGUGAGUCAGUAUCUACAGGUCCCUGUGAGCCAGUAUCUACAGGUCCCUGUGAGUCAGUACCUGCAGGUCCCUGUGAGUCAGUAUCUGCAGGUCCCUGUGAGUCAGUAUCUACAGGUCCCUGUGAGUCAGUAUCUACAGGUCCCUGUGAGUCAGUACCUGCUCAGAGAGAAGAGCUCCUAA